AUGGCGCUCCGCCUGCGACGCGCAGUAGCCCUAGCCGCGCUGUCGUUGUCAUGUGUCGCCUCAACUUCCCAAGGCUCCCAUAGCUACACAUCCGCCGAGAUGAUGCAAGCACGGUUGGCCCUGAUGGAGGAAAGGCCACCAGACUGCCCGCCUUGCUUCGACUGCAACCUCCCCAUCAACUCUUGCGGCCAGUACGCACCGUGCAACAACUAUAGCGGGAAAUGUGACUGCCCAGAGGGCUUUGGCGGUGACAACUGUCUCGAACCUCAAUGCGGCUCCUUGCCCCGCGGCCGCAACCGCCCGACCAGGCAGGGCAAGUCUUGCGAGUGCGACGAAGGAUGGACGGGCAUCAACUGCAACAUGUGCACGAGCGACCGGGCAUGCGAUGCCAUGACGGAAACGGGCGAUGGUGGUGUCUGCUACACCGGUGGUGAAGUGGUGAAGCAGAACUACCAGAUGUGCGACGUCACGAACAAGGCGAUCCGCGAUCUCCUGGGAGCUCAGGUGCCUCAGGUCACCUUCACCUGCGACAGGAGCUCGGGAGAAUGCGACUUCCAGUUCUGGGUCGACGAACGCGAAUCCUUCAUGUGUCACCUCAACGAGUGCGAUUCGAGCGCCGACUUCAACGGUAAUGGGGGUAAGAAUGCGACCUCCUACAAAUGCGACAAGAUCCGCUGCGAGUGCAUCCCCGAUCGUAUGCUCUGCGGCGAGAACGGCUCGGUCGAUCUCGGCGAAUUCCUCGAAAAAGAAAUCCGCGGCCCCGCCAAGUUCGAAUGCACACAACUCCCGGGCGGGCCUAAGAAUUGCGCGUUUGAGGAGCCCCAGAUGAACGACCUGAUCAGCCAGGUGUUUGGCGACUCGAGCAUUCUCUUGACUUGCGGCGCGGGAGAGUGCCUGUACCACACCGAGGUGCCCGGGUUCGCUCCCCAGGUUCCCAAGAUUAACACCCCGCUCAUCGCUGGUGUCAUCGCCGGGUGCUCGCUCUUCUUGGUAGCAGUCAUUCUCGGCACGUGGUAUCUGUCCAGGAGGAAGUUCAAGUACAGCGUCAUCGCCAUGGACGACUCGGACGACGAAGCUGUCAAGCUCAUGACUGACCACAAACCCGCAUCGUUGUACUUUCAGAAUGUAUGCUACAACCUCAACGGCAAGACCAUCCUAAACGGGAUUCAGGGCAUUACUCACCCCGGUGAAAUCACCGCUAUUAUGGGCGCUUCCGGUGCGGGCAAAACCACGUUUUUGGAUAUCCUCGCCCGCAAAAACAAGCGCGGCCAGGUCUCGGGCGAGUUUUACGUCAACGGCGAGAAGGUUAGCGAUACGGACUACAAGAAUGCGACCGGCUUCGUCGACCAGGAAGAUACCAUGCUGCCCACCCUAACGGUCCACGAGACCAUUCUUACCAGCGCCCUUCUUCGUCUCCCUAGGGACAUGACCCGUCCGGCCAAGGAACAGAGAGUAUUUGAGGUCGAGAAACAGCUAGGCAUCUACCACAUUCGGGAUUCUCUGAUCGGGUCUGAAGAGGGCAAGGGGCGCGGGAUUUCGGGAGGCGAGAAACGCCGUGUCAGCAUCGCUUGCGAACUCGUCACCAGCCCGUCUAUCCUCUUCCUCGAUGAACCCACCAGCGGUCUCGACGCCUACAACGCCUACAACGUGGUCGAAUGUCUUGUCACACUGGCCAAGACGUACAAACGCACAGUCAUUUUCACGAUCCAUCAGCCCCGGUCCAACAUUGUCGCCCUCUUCGACCGCCUGAUCCUGCUGGCCCAAGGAAAGACAGUUUACUCCGGCCCGCUGCACCAGUGCCAGGAUUACUUUGACCAUAUCGGAUACAGCUGCCCUCCCGGUUUCAACAUUGCCGACUACCUUGUCGACCUGACCAUGCACGCCGGUUCCACGACCUCGUUUGAUGACGGCGAUUUCUCAGCUGAGGUGGCGAGUGUUGGUCCUUCAAGCACGAGGGCAGUCAAGUCGAUCGCGAGCAUCGCUGGGACAAGCAUCGGUGAGGAGAGCGCCGUUGAAGGAUCGUCGGUCCGUCCAAGGGGCAAGCGUCGGGAUUCUGUUCGUGUCCGGCAAGAGAGGGAGCUGUACACCCGCCGCAAACCCGUCGACACGGCCGCCUCCUCAGAUGCGGGUGACGAACUUGGAGCUUAUAAGCUGCAAAAGACGCCCCAUCGUGUGCCGGCACACGAGGCCCGUGAAGAUGGCGAUGAACAUGAUGAACACGAUGACUUGCUCCCCGCCGCGCCGACCGGUACCGACCUAGACAUUCUCGUGGAGUCCUACGCUCAGUCCGACAUUGCUGGGAACACCCACGAUGAAAUCCAGCAGUCCAUCGCCAGUGCCGCCAACAGCAACGGCCAAAACGCAGCGUCCAAUGGCUACACCCCAGAUGGCCCCAAUAUCCACAUCGCUAACGGAGGCGCGAUGGGCCGUGGCUAUACCCGUAUCGGUUACUUGCGCCAAUUCGCCCUUCUGUCCCAGCGCACCUGGCGUAAUUUGUACCGCAACCCGAUGCUGAUGCUCACGCACUACGCCAUCGCCAUUGUCCUGGCCGUCUUUGCCGGCUACCUCUUCUACGGCUUAUCCAUGGACAUCGCCGGCUUCCAAAACCGUCUUGGUCUUUUCUUUUUCGUUCUCGCGCUCUUCGGCUUCAGCACACUGACCACCCUGUCCGUCUUUUCGCAAGAGCGGCUACUCUUUGUCCGCGAGCGCGCCAAUGGCUACUACUCGCCCGUCACCUACUUUGCCGCAAAAGUGCUGUUCGACAUUGUCCCGCUGCGCAUCAUUCCUCCCAUUCUGUUGGGUGCCAUCGUUUACCCGAUGACGGGCCUGGUCGCCGAGACGGACAAAUUCUUCGUAUUCAUGCUGGUCUUGGUGUUGUUCAACCUCGCGGCAGCCGCCAUCUGUCUCUUCAUCGGCAUCGUCUGCAAGGAUGGCGGUGUCGCCAACUUGAUCGGCAGUCUGGUCAUGCUUUUCAGCUUGCUGUUUGCCGGUCUGUUGCUCAACCACAAUGCGAUCCCGCCCGCCGCACUGUGGCUGCAGUGGCUGUCCAUCUUCCACUAUGGGUUUGAGGCGUUGAUCGUCAAUGAGGUGACGCAUUUGACGCUGAUUGAUCACAAGAUCGGCCUUGAUAUCACGGUGCCAGGUGCCGCAAUUUUGAGCUCGUUUGGGUUUGAUAACCAGGCGAUGUGGCCCGAUAUCAUCAACCUCGGUAUCUUUGGUGCCAUCUUUAUUGUAUUGGCGUAUGUGGCGAUGCAUGUGUUAUUGGUAGAGAGGAGGUAA